CAACUGCGUCGAGUCGCUUCCUUUCGUCCACUUUCUUCUAAACUGCUGGUCAGCAGAGCUCCGUGCUCAGUUGUCCCACUAUGGGCGCCAGUUCGGAGCCCUCUGUGGCUCUCUCGUUCGCAAACAAUUUCUGGGGCAAGGAGGAUGCCGGUGUUGGGCCGAUGAUACAGCGCAUGCACGAUGCGAAAACUACGUGUGAAGAGCUCAAAGGAUUCUACACAGCUCGAGCGGCCAUUGAGGACGAAUUCGCACGCAAACUACUCGCUCUGUCGAAGAAACCAUUGGGCUCGGUCGAAUUUGGCUCUCUCAAAUCCUCGCUGGACGUUUUGAGAUUGGAGGUUGAGUCUAUGGCGAAGGCGCACCAGAAUAUCGCUAGUCAGAUGACGACAGAACUCGAGGAACCGUUGACGGCCUUUGCGGGAGCGAUGAGGGAGCGGCGGAGGAUUGUGCAAGUCGGCUGUGAGAAGCUUCUUAAGUUGAAGAUGCAACAGACCCAACAAGUCAAUAAGACCAGGGACCGAUACGAGCAAGACUGUCUCAAGAUUAAGGGAUAUCUCGCGCAGGGGCACAUGGUUAUGGGACAGGAGGAGCGCAAGAACAAAGCUCGGCUCGAAAAAGCCCAGCAAGGUUUGACAACUUCAAACGCAGAGUAUGAGGCCGCGAUUAAAGCGCUGGAGAAGACGACUGAGCGAUGGAACCGAGAUUGGAAGCAAGCCUGUGAUAAAUUCCAAGACUUGGAGGAAGAGCGAAUCGAUUUCUUGAAGUCGAGCUGUUGGGCGUUUGCGAACAUCUCUUCGACCGUCUGCGUCAGCGACGACGCUUCCUGCGAGAAGAUUCGGCUGUCUCUAGAGGAUUGCGAGGUUGAGAAGGACGUUACUGCCUUCAUCGUUGACAAGGGCACCGGACAAGAAAUCCCUGAUGCACCCAAGUACAUCAAUUUCUGCCGUGGAGAUUAUUCCGACGACGGCGCAUCAGAUGCGCCGGAAGAGAACUACAAGUUGGCGCAAUUCCCACGCGCAGGCAAUCCGGCCUUCCGCUCGGCCUCUCCCAAUCCGUCAGACUAUUCAACUCAAUCCACAGCGAUAGCUGACCCAGAGCCUGAACUAUCCGUCUCUAGGAGGGAUCGUGGACGUCGCGACGCGGACCGGGAUCGGCGUGACAGCGGUGGUCGGAGUCGCCAAAAGGCCAUUACGGGUAGCUCACCUACUACUAGCAAAGAACUCGUCAACGGAAGUUCUUCGUCCAGGUCGUUGCGCCAGCAGCAACAAGUAGUGCCUAAGCAGGCCGUAUCCAAGCGCGCAAACUCUGUUCCUCAUAAUGAGUAUCCUCUCGAUGGUAUGACCAUGUAUUGUCGGCCCGGGGCUAUGCUUUCGGACAGUAGCUUAAGCAACAGUCCAGUUCAAACACCCUCGAGCAGCCAUGGCGGCGCUAGUGAUUACUCCACGCCCAGCGACACUACCAGCGGCAGCGAAUUGUCUCAUGUCCAAGCAGCUCAACCUUCUCCUACUGAGGACGACAAGCAGAUGAAACGCAAGAGCGGAUUCUUUAGCGGCGCGCCAUUCCGACGAAAGAGUAAAAACGAGAAACAACAACAGCAACUACAGCAGCAGCAGCAAUUACAGCAACAGCAGCAAUUACAGCAACAGCAGCAACAGCAGCUACAGCAACAGCAACAGCAACAGCAGCAACAGGAGCAGCAACAGCAGCAGCAACUAGCACUUCGGGAGCAGCGCCGCGUGGAAGCUCGACGUCAACGAGACCAGCCACCUGCCAAUCCAUCACUAACAAAUCGAAACACGUGGUCACCAGCUACUACUGCACAGAGAAACAUGACUGCGGCAAACCCCCCAGCAUCUCAGGCAGGAUCAACCUCAAGCAAGCAGAGGCAAUCGCAGUUCUUGCCGAACAAUGAUCGCUACGCGGCAAGCCCAGAACCCAUAGAUGCCAAUGCCAGUCUGGCACUAAACGUCGGAGGCAACGUUUUCGAAGUUAGCAACCCACAGGAAGAGCGUGGCGGGCCGUCGCCUCAGAAGCAACAGCAGGAAGAGGAGGACUUGUCUAUGGACCCCAUUGCGCAAGCUUUGGCUGAGCUCAAGGGAGUUACCAAGAACUCGACAGGUCGGAACUCCGCGGGCAGGAAUUCAGCUGACCGAUACUUUGGUCUGGCCACUCCGGCACCUUCCGUUACUCCAGCUCCAAACUCAGCCGUCGCUGCUGCUCAACGUGGAACUCCUCCGCCGACUUACAUCCCUAAGAGUGCGCUGGACGUUCCACCGCCGGCUUUUGACUCCGCGCAGAUGCAGCAGACUACCCAGAGAUACGUGAACCAACGCCACAAUCUUCUCGAGGGUCCUCCUCAAAUGCCUGCAGUGGCAAGUGAGAUGCAGGGACGGCCACGUUCCCGGACAAUUGAUUAUCAGCGGCCUCAAUCUGGGCACAGUACUCGUGAUUUUGCAGGAAGAGACGCAAACGCUAGCCCAGGGCCUACACGAAGCGUUAGCCCCCGACCACAGCUCUACGGCGACGAAGCCUACCGCAACAGCUCCCCGAAGCCUCAAAAUGCGUACAGCAGCCGCGGUCCUUCGCCGAACCCCUAUACUCAGUCUCGGCCGGGAACAGCGAACAGCGGCAGGCCGGGUCAGUAUGCUGCGUAUAAUUCGGGCUCGCCUGGCCCCGGACAGGAGGUGGCCUUGAGCAAGUACCGGACAGCAUCUCCUGCCAUGAGUAGCCACAGUCGCGGUGACAGUUAUGACGCACGAAGUAGGAGUCGCGCCGGUAGUACCCGCGACGGGUACGGUAGUGCAACAAACCGUCAAAGCUACUACGGGGACCAAGGUACCGGACAGUAUCAGGGAGGCAGUUCGCAGGUUGGGAGACCGAGAAGCAAGAGCACAGUAGACGCCAAUAAAUCUCGAGACGGCAGGCCGAUCAUCAGCUAUGCUCGAGCAAUAUAUCAGUACAACGCCGCCAUUCCCGAGGAAAUGAGUUUUGCGAAGGGCGAUAUCCUGGCAGUGUUGGCCCACCAAGAAGACGGCUGGUGGGAGGCUGAGCUUGUUGGCAUCCAAGGAAGGCCUGGGUUGGUUCCAAGCAACUAUCUACAGCUGUGCUAGGAGACUUGCGAUAUACGGUUUUUUUGUUUGAGAUUUUACCGCCUUUUUGUGUUUUUUGGGUAGCAUAUGAGGAUUGGGCUCUGGGAAUGAGUGGGGGUUGGGUCGGGGUUGGAGGUUGGAUGAGGAAUUAGUUACGUGGUUACAUGAUACCAAAUGAUGGCGCAAAGGGUGGGUUGAUAUAUACCCAGUCGGUCCUGUUUUAUUCCUUUUGUUGAGUGGGGUUCCUUUCUUACCGGAU